ACAGAAACAUUCAAAUUGCAUUGAGGAAUGUGACUUUUCUUUGUGUUCAAGUGUGCUUCUUUACCUCAAAAAUUGAGGUAUAGGCAUGAUAAGCAUAAGCUCACUCUUUCUUAUGGGAGUGAGACAAGUAUUGGUGUGAAGUUUGGGAGGCAAAAAUAAAUCCGAAAAAACGGUUUUAUAUGUGUGAGGAAUACUGUUGUGUCGCCCUACACAUUCAAUGUAUGCUUGGAGAUGACUUAUACAUGAAGGCUGGUUCAUCAUGGAUCUAUCUCGAUAAAAGGACCAUCAUAUGCCUCGACCUAUUUGCCGCACCAGCGGCGUUGUCCACACAAAGCAGUUUUGCAGAGGACUGAUUAUAUAUUUUGUUCCUCAUUUUGUAUUCUUACAUUGAAGUUUUGAGAGGUGACCAAAAUCUGUUGUAAGAAUCUGCUGUGUUGAUUAGUGGAUUCCUUAACAUGCAUGUCCAAUAUUGUGAACAUUGAUGUCUUAGUAAAACUGUAAAAGGAUGAAUGUGAUACUUUACUAGUUAGGUAUAGAUCCCAAAAUGUAGUAGAUUUAUAUAAUAUUUUUUUCUACUUAUUACCUCUAGUAAUCAAAAGAGUAAAAUCCUUGGAAAAUGUCAUAAAAUACAAGCGUAUUAAUUUACCAGGAUUCACCAUAUCCACAUAAAAAGAAGAUUCGGAUACACAUCAAAUCUACAGAAAACAUUAGUAAUGCCAUAAAUAAAUAAAAAUGCUGUCAAGACACAAAUUCGUUGAAUCUUCACAUAGAACUGUCAUAAAUCUGGAUACGUUCUAAAAAUAAUUGAUCUAAUCUAAAUCUAUAAGUAGUUUCUUAUUAGUAUCCUUAAAACUAAUUUUGAUCAAAGAAACGCUUUGUUUUGGGGUUACCUAAGUAAUGGUCGAUGGUGACGAUUCUUUCAAGAGACCCGGAGCUGUGCCUUUUAAGUGGGAGAUCCGACCCGGUGUACCCAAAACCCGACCCGGUGAUGAUCUUCUUCAACCUCCUAACAAACUUCCUCCUGUCAAAUUAAAACCAUUUCCGCCGUCGAAUUCGCCAUCUCCGUCUUCUUCUUUCAUCUCUGAAUCCAGAAGCCGACCAGUCUCUCCCUUCGCUCCUCCUCCGUCGUCUUUCAAGCUCAAAUCGCCUUCAGAUUCCGAGUUCAACUGUUCAGGACCUCCGACUCCAUAUUUCCGAUCUUCUUCCCCUCGAGCCGGUGGUUCUUUCCCCCGGUGUUUUUUUCCCAAGUCAUUGUUUGGUUUGAAGAAGAGUAAGAGCGGCGAUUUAAAAAAGACCGGUCAGGAAUCAUCGGAGUCUGACAAUUUCUAUGAAUCGGGAACAACGUUUUCUCCGUCGGAAGAUUCUAGCCACGGAUCGGCAGUUUCUUCGAGGUGGGGUUCGCCGAUAUCAUCCUUCUCUUCUCGCCGUGGUUCGCCGCUGAAACGGACUGAUUCGGAUUUGAGCUCUUAUGAGAAAAAAACCAUUUUAAUGAUGGCUCGUUCCCGCCUCGGUUAGCCAUUUUGUUUUUUUUUAGAAAAAGAAAAAACAUUUUAGAAAUUAAAAUCAAAUAAAAAAAUAUUUGAGUUUUUCAUUGCGACAAGAACUAAUGUACACAUGUAGAUUUGUAAUGAAAUUGUCUAUAUUAUUAUCA